CACCCGGAAGCGUGUAGUUGCCAUGGUUACAGGCGUGCUGAUUCUGUAACCGUUCAGUAGGCCUACUGAGGCAUCGGCAAUCGAACCUUGUGCUCGGGACGCUGCUGAGGUCACAGCGGGAUUGGCGUAGGUCGGUUUCCUGCUAGAUGACAAGUGGUGUAAAAAUGGGGGAUAUCUUGGCUUAUGAAGCAGAUUUACUUGGGUUAGUUAAAGAGUUUCUGAACUUUGGGGAGUUUCAGGAGACGUUAGAAACCUUUACUAAGGAGUGCAAAACAAAGGGGAAACAACUUCCAAAGACUUCUGGAUUAGCGUUGCGGGAAUCGAAGACACUACUAAUUCAGAAGGAUCUAAUCACUGCCUUUGAGGAUGGGGACAUUAAGGAGUUCUUUGCGCUGUGGCAGGAACACAUCCCUGUUGAGACUCAGAACACAAAUCCAGUGGCACAAAAGCUGGAGUUUUACCUGCAGAUUCACUUUGCCAUCUUUCCUCUGAAGCACAACCAGGGCCGAAUCGAUCGUACAGAUUGUGAAGAGCGGAUUUCUCACUUUAAAACAUACUUGGAAACUAGUGGGGCAGCUCUUAGCCAGACAACAGAGUUCCUUCCCUUCUAUGCACUGCCAUUUGUUCCUCAUCCAGCUGCUCAUCCCUCCUUCAAAGAGAUUUUUCAGGAGUCAUGGGAGGCUGAACUGAGGAUGAGGCUGGAAAAGUUUCUCUCUGUCAUACUGAAAGCUACAAGUACCCCCAGACUUAUCACAUUAUAUAAAGAGAGUUUGCAUAACAACCAAGAGCUACUGCAGCAGUUACAACAGCAGCUUAUGGAGACUGAGCACAAGGCUCGUACCUAUAAAAAAUGCUUUAACAGGAUGCAGUCUGAUUACCAUAAUCUGAUUGGGGUCACUGCUGAUCUGGUUGACUCUCUGGAGGCUACUAUUAAUGGAAAACUGAUUACUCCAGAAUACCUACAAAGUGUAUGCACAAGGCUUUUCAGCACCCAAAUGAAGCAAAGCUCAGCUCAGAGUAUCGAUUUUACCCGCCCUGGAACAGCCUCUUCUAUGCUGCGAGCAUCAAUAGCACCUUUGAAACAACAAGAAGUGCCAUUGUUUCCAUCCUUGGAUUAUGAAAAGCUGAAGAAGGAUCUGGUUUUUGGGAAUGAUCGCUUGAAAGCACUUAUUCUGCAAGCCUUGCGUUGGCGCCUUACUAGGUCUCAGCCUGGAGAGCAGAGGAACACAGUCUUGCAAGCAUACAUAAGCAAUGAUCUACUUGAUUGUCACCACAAUGAGCAGAAGAAUGUCCUAAUGCUGCUGCGAUCACCAAGUGAGGUUGUCAGACAAUACACUGCCCUACUAAUUGACGUAUUUUCAUCAUUGGCUUAUGGGCGAGUUUACAUCUCCCAGAAUCCCCGUCUUCUGCACUCACUUGUGGAAACCUGGAAAGCUGAAGAGAAGGAAUCUGUCAUCAGAGAGACUGUCUUAGGCAUACUCCAAAAACUUAGUCUUAGGCGCAGCAUGCAGUCAGCCAUGAUCAAGGAUGACCUCAUUUUCUGGCUGGUGCAGGAGCUGGAAGAUACAGACCAUCUCUCAGAUUAUGCAUUGCAGUAUACCAUAGCUCUCUUCAUGAACCUUUGUCUUCGUAGUGCAGGAAGAAAGAUGUGUUCCAGGGAUGCAGACCAUGUACUAAAAGUGCUUUCUGACCUACUUGGCCAUGAGAACCAUGAGAUUCGAUCUUACGUGAAUGGAGCAUUAUACAGCAUCCUAGCAGUCCCCUCUAUACGGGAGGAAGCCAGAUCCAUGGGCAUGGAAGAGAUCCUCAGAUGGUACAUUAGAGAAGGAAACACGGAUAUGAAUUGCCACAUUGAGUUCAUCAUAAAGCAGCUCAACUCAGAAGAUAAGUUUGAUGAAAGCAUAGAGUCGGAUGAUGAGGAGGAAGAGAAGGAUGAUGAGGAAGACGAGGAUGCCCUGGAAGCUGAUCUUGACAAAGAUGAAAUUAUUUAUGCCCAAAGUGGAGAGCUGGCUGGGGAAAAGCUUUUGACUACAGAUUACCUGGGAAUAAUGACCAACAGUUUCAAAGUAAAGAAGAGGAUGUUUGGUGGUGUCUUGCAAAGCGCUGAUGAACCUCUUCAGAGACCUGUAACUCCCAGUACUCACCGAGUUAUGAAUACAGUGCGAAAAACCAGUGGUCCACCCUCACCUCCAACAAAUACUUUCAAAACCAGCCAAGCAAACAUGUCUGUUGUUAGCUCAAGACCGCCAACACGCAGUGGAAGUCGGGCCAGUACCUCUGAUUACUGUGUUACAUCUGACUCCAUAGACUCUGAGGCCUCUAGGCUUUUCUCACCAAGCAGUCAGGCAGACCAGCGUGGGGCUUCAUCACCCCGUAUUCUGGACCUUGGUAUGGAAAAGCACAAUGGGCAGAACAGCAGCAAAGCCUGGCUCCCACGUAGCCCAGAGGUGCUAAGUGCCACAUCCCGAAAGGCCAGAACUCCUACCAUUGCACCCCAGUUCUCUCAGUCAGGCCCACAGCAGACCAGCUAUUCCAGUUCUGCUGGAUCUUCUACUCGAAGCAGACAAAGUACCCAGUCAUACAGAAAAUGAAAAUACGUUCUGCCCCUAUGAUCUUGCGAUUAUUUAUGCUGCAUGUGGCACUACAGCUGGGUCAUUUUCUUAUAUCAGGAGCAACAGAACCACAGAUGUUGGUACCCCCCAUACAUACUGCAAUACUCCCUGAGCAUUGGAAUCACAUGAACCCAUGAAAAGCACUGACCUCUCAUGAAAUCGUAAAGACCUAAAAGGCCUAAUGCUGAUGGUAAACAUAUCACUUAAGAUGGCCCAUGUGCCAUAAACUAUAGAAGAAUUUGGGGGCAUUCUGCUCCAAGGUAUAGCAUUUUAUUUUGAAUCCUGAGUGGGCAGGUUUGAUUGGCAUUCUGUAACGAUUAAAGCAGAGUAGUUUCUUUAAUGUUAAAAAUAGAAUCUGUUCGAAAUAUUAACAUUUCUAUGUGGUCGGUUAAUACAGAAAAAUUAAUGAACUCUAAAUAAUGACAAUAAAUCCCUUCCCACUGCUCAUUUAAUUUUAGUUGCCUGCUUAGUUUUUGGAACUCCUUGGGUCCCUACCUUCCACUUGUCCUGCAUCUUCUCUUCAGUAUCUCCUAAUAAUCCAUAUUUCCCUCCGCAACUUCAUCUGUCUGGUGCCUAAGAGAAGAGAUUAAAGUCUUACAGAAGUCUUACAAUGCCUACACAUAUUUAUGCCACAUCUCAUUAUAAUGCAGCCCCAUAUUUCUGUAACCUGGCCCUCAUUUAGAACUUCCUGUAAUAUACUGACAUUUUGUUGCAGAAUAACUCAGUGUAUUGACUUUAUAUAGAUCAGAGUACUCUUCCAGACUGCCUUAAGUGUGUACAGUUUAACAAGCAGCCAUGUAUACAUAGGUUUGUCCUGGUUUGUAAAAAUGGUGACAUUUUGCUGAUAUAAUAUUACUGAGUAUCCCAAGAAUUGCCACAGAUUGCCUUCUAGUAUAGCCUGUGGGUAUUUACAUGAGCAUUGAUUAGUAAUCCCUAAUAACUACAGUGUCAAGAAAGCUUUUAGCAAUCUUUAAUCCAGGGCAUUUCUUUGUGGCACCUGUCCCCUAUGUGAAUUGUUGCUGUGCCACUUGCACAUAAAUCUGAUUUCUUGCAGAACAGAUUGGUUUGCAGUUCCUAUGAUGUAGCGUUACAAUAAUUAUUACAGCGGGUUAUACAAAACCUGACAAAUUAAGUUUCUUGGCCUGAAAUAAAAGAGCACUCCAAGUCCAGGCUUCCAGUGUAUUGUGCUUUCCACCUAUAUAAUCUGUACUUUCUCUUUAGACAACUCCCUUGCUUUCCCCUCUCCAUCUCCUGUAUGGUUCUUUUUAGCCUGAAGACCCUCAGCCUAACCCCCCAGGAAUAAAACAAUACACUUUGACAAGGGCUUUGCAUAACCAACAGCAAUAAAUGCUAACCAUAGUUAACUGCACCUUAAAACAACACAGACCCAGGGUCUCGGCCCUAUGUAAGUCUUAAGCCAGGGUUAUGAAGGUCAGAUCUUGUAUUGUGGCUCACUGUGUGCAGUGUGAUAUUUUGUUUUUAAUUAAUGAUACACUUAUUACAAAGGGAAGUACUCUACUGUUUCUAUGUUUAUUUGAAUUGUUGCUGUUAUAAUUUAAUAUGAAAUUAAAAAAAUAUGAUAUAUGUAAAUAUUUUAUUAUAUUUAAUAAAUGAGUUUACAGUUUGCAAUUAAA